AUGACUUGGUGGCAACUGCAACGCCUCAAGCCAAAAGCAGAGCAACUAUUUAGGUCUCAACAACCCCAACUAGCCGGCGCAGCAUCAGCCGUAGCAGCGUCCGCCGCCAGCACACCUUUGCAGCAACUGCAAGUGCAGCAGCAAUUUCUUCAGCAAAGCUAUCACCAACAACCUCCUCCCUAUGUUAUCAAUGCAGCGCCCGCAACUGGACAAGAACCCGCACUCCAUAUGUCGCAACUAUUUAGGUCUCAACAACCCCAACUAGCCGGCGCAGCAUCAGCCGUAGCAGCGUCCGCCGCCAGCACACCUUUGCAGCAACUGCAAGUGCAGCAGCAAUUUCUUCAGCAAAGCUAUCACCAACAACCUCCUCCCUAUGUUAUCAAUGCAGCGCCCGCAACUGGACAAGAACCCGCACCUCCAUAUGUCGGUGCUCUCAUCGCUGGAGUUCCGCCGCAAUAUUACGGCGUGGCAGCACCAUGGGGCGUAUAUCCUGCCGGAUUGUUGCCGCAAAAUGCAGCUGCUGCGGCAGCGCAACCGCGUCGGCCACUUACACCAUCACAACAACAAGACCAAGUCCAAGGUCAAUAUCAAAUGAUACCUGCCUAUUAUGAUCAGAGUGGAUCCCUUGUUAUGAGUGGUGGUGUUCGUAAUGGAACACCCAUGCGUUUAGUUAGCCCUGCACCUGUUCUCGUACCACAACAACAGCAACAACAGCAGCAGCAAACAGCGGCAGGUGUACAGGCGUCUCGAAACACAGUUCAACAACAACAGCAACAGCAACAACAGCAAGCUGUCGCAGCAGCGGCUGCUGCUGCUGCUGCACAACAACAGAGUGGUGCUGGGCAGCAGCUUUAUCAAACGCAAGCAUCCUCACAAACUUUGUACGCUCCGCAAAAUGGUGUUGGUACUGGUGCCUUAUUUCCGGGGCUUCAUGCGCCUCAACCAUUUAGCGGAGGCUUAGGCACUUUAGGAAGCCCUGCCACACAAUCAGGCCUCGCUUUGAAUACGACAUCGCUUACUGGACGACGUGACUCCUUCGAUCGCAACACGUCCGCGUUCUCGCCUUCUCUCGAAUACGCUGCCACCGCCAGACCAAAAUGGGCCCAAGGCUAUGGAGCAGCAAGCACCGCAGGUGUAGCCGCAGGCGGCGGCUCUUCUGCUAGCCCUUUGCCGCAGUUGGGAGCACCUCUGACGCCUCCACCACCUCAGACCGCGCAUGCUUUACAUACGUUACAACAUGCUCACGCGCACCACACGUUGCAGCAGCACCACCAAAUGCAACAACAGCAACAACAGCAGACAGCGCCAGGAUUAGGAGCAUUAGUCUCAGCAACGCGGGUGGUAUCAGCCGCUCCCGGAGCCGAAGCUGCAAAGUAUCGUCAAGUAGGUUCGCACUCUCUCGCUCCUGUUGGUCUGGCCACAGCAAAUGCCAUGUUUGGCAGUACCGGCUCCAUCUUCUCAAAACUGGCCGCUCGACCAGGUUGCGGGGCUGUGGUCGCAGCGUCAUCGGCCGCCGCGCUGAUAGCUCAGCCGACAACUGGUGCGGCGGGCGCACUUGCAGCCGAAAGACCGCCGGGAAGGUCUCGCCUAUUGGAAGAUUUUCGUAACCAACGUUAUCCUAAUUUGCAACUGCGAGAAUUGACUAAUCACAUUGUAGAGUUCUCUCAAGAUCAGCAUGGGUCUAGAUUUAUUCAACAGAAAUUGGAAAGGGCGACUGUGCCGGAGAAGCAACUUGUGUUUAACGAAAUAUUGGUAGCAGCGUAUAGUUUGAUGACUGACGUGUUUGGAAAUUACGUAAUACAGAAAUUCUUUGAGUUUGGGACGCCGGAACAAAAAAGCACUUUAGCUCAGAAGGUUAGAGGUCAUGUGCUACCACUAGCACUGCAAAUGUAUGGAUGUCGAGUGAUACAAAAGGCUUUGGAAUCCAUUCCUCCAGAACAACAACAAGAGAUCGUUCGAGAGCUUGAUGGUCAUGUACUCAAAUGUGUAAAGGAUCAGAAUGGAAAUCAUGUUGUUCAAAAAUGUAUUGAAUGUGUUGAACCUAUGGCAUUACAGUUCGUAAUAAAUGCGUUUUCCGGGCAAGUAUAUUCCUUAAGCACACAUCCAUAUGGGUGUCGUGUUAUUCAGCGCAUUUUGGAGCAUUGUACAGCAGAGCAGACGACUCCAAUUUUGAGUGAAUUGCAUGCUCACACUGAACAGCUGAUACAGGAUCAAUAUGGAAAUUAUGUCAUCCAGCAUGUUCUCGAACAUGGAAAACCUGAAGAUAAAGCUGUAUUGAUAGCUGGUGUACGAGGAAAAGUACUUACCCUUUCACAGCAUAAAUUUGCUUCAAACGUUGUUGAAAAGUGUGUAACACAUGCUACACGUGCCGAAAAGGCCCAGCUUAUUGAGGAGGUCUGCAACUUCAACGAUAAUGCCUUGCAUGUGAUGAUGAAAGAUCAAUAUGCCAAUUAUGUUGUGCAGAAGAUGAUAGAUGUAUCAGAACCAGCACAGAGGAAGAUUUUGAUGCACAAGAUCAGACCUCAUUUGAAUUCGCUCCGUAAGUACACAUACGGAAAACAUAUCAUUGCAAAACUUGAAAAGUUUUUUAUGAAGUCUGCUAAUGCUAUGUCGGCAAUCGGAGGUAAUGAUCUUGGCCCUAUAGGACCUCCGCCAACUAAUGGAGUUCUAUAAAUGAUUCUGUUCGCAAUCUAUUGUCUGCUACAAACAAGAUAUAGUUAGUAGGAUUGUUCUUUAGUAAUAAUAAGCUGUAAUUCAAAGUCAAUGUGGUACAUAUGUGCUAAUUUAUUGUUCAUUUGAUGUUAUCUCUGGCGUAUUUUGGACAAUUGGUUUUACUUCAAUUAAUAUUUUAAAACUUUUAAUAUCAAAAUCGAAAUUAAUGCAUUGCCGAGUGAAGUUUGUUCAAAAUGAUUUGUUUGAUCUCUAAUUGCGCAUUAAAACUUUAAUAAGAUCUAAUUUUAUUAAAAGAACAAUGUAAGUCAUAAAUUAUAUAUGAUAUUUUAUAUACUUGUGUUUUUGGCACGUUAUAAUAGAAUCCUUGAUCGGGGGUUAUAAUUUGGAAAAUAUGUAUAGUUGUGUAUUUAUCUAUUUUUUCCUACAUAAAAUGUAGUAAACACAGUAUGUUAAUAGUGUAUAUGUAAGUAUCGUGUAUAUUCUUUAAUAUACCUGUCCUAUAUGUAUUUAAAUAGAGAAAAACCAGGUAUCAACAACAAUAAAA